AGUCUUGCUCGGGGAAUCGCACAUUCUAGAUUUCUCCUCUCUCCUCUCUCCUCUCUCCUCUCUCCCCUGGUUGUUCUGCGAGACCACUGAGAAGCUGAUAAUGAAGAUUUUUCACGUUCCUUGCUUGGAGGAUAACUAUGCCUAUCUGAUCAUCGAUGAGAGUACUAAAGAAGCAGCUGUUGUUGAUCCUGUUGAGCCGGAAAAGAUUCUCCAAGCUGCGACUGACCAUGGUGUCCAACUCAAGUUUGUUCUUACCACCCACCAUCACUGGGAUCAUGCUGGUGGGAAUGAUAAAAUGAAGGAGCUGGUGCCUGGGAUAAAGGUGUAUGGUGGUUCAAUUGACAAUGUAAAGGGUUGCACUGAUAAAGUGGAAAGUGGUGAUAGGAUAUCACUUGGGGCUGAUGUCAACAUAUUGUGUCUUCACACACCAUGCCACACCAAAGGUCACAUAAGUUAUUACGUGACAAGCAAAGAUGGAGAGGACCCAGUUGUUUUUACUGGAGACACACUUUUUAUUGCUGGCUGUGGGAAGUUUUUUGAAGGCACGGCAGAACAGAUGUAUCAAUUGUUGUGUAUAACAUUGGGCUCUUUACCGAAGCCCACACAAGUUUACUGUGGCCAUGAGUACACUGUGAAGAACUUGCAGUUUGCUCUGACAGUUGAGCCAGACAAUGCAAAAAUAAGAGAUAAGUUAUCAUGGGCUCUAAAACAACGUCAAGCUGGCCUCCCCACCAUCCCCUCAACAAUUGAGGAAGAGAUGGAGACAAACCCAUUCAUGCGGGUUGAUCUACCAGAGCUUCAGGAGAAAGUGGGUUGUGAAUCUCCUGUUGAUGCUCUCAGGAAAAUAAGGCAGUUGAAGGACAACUGGAGAGGCUAAAACAAAUUUAAGUCUUUUCAUUUUCGUUGGUUAUGGUUUGUAAACUAUGACUAUAAUAUGCAUACUGAGUGCACAAAGAGUGCCGUUCACCCUUUGUGUAUUCUGCAGGACUUCAACUCAAAACUUGGUAUGAGUCUAAACUUUGCUUGUUCUGUUUUUUCCUUGAGCAAGAUGAAAACUUUCUUGGUUGUCUGUAAAAUGUAGAAUAGGCUGUAUGAUUUACAAACGCGUUUGCA